UCUCAGUAUAUUCUCAACUUCAGUCGGCAAAAGUUGUCUGCUCCGCUAGUUGGUCGCAAUCGUGCAUUAUUUAGUGAUCCGCAAAUAACUUAAUUAAUUUAUUUAAUUAGUCUCCAGGCGAAGCUUAACAAAUAAAAACAAAUACAAAAUGUGCAAGUGUCUAGCUGGGAAUGUAGCAUGCUGCUGCUUUAAUUGCGCGCUUAGCAUGCUCAUUUCUAUCAUAAGUGCGUUUCUUGUGGUUUUCAUUAUUGUGGGAGUUUUAGUCUAUUUCGUGUACUAUUACGAGAAGGAGGAUGACGCAACCAAACUUACUAAGGAAGUACACGAAUCAUUCAAGAACGCAUUCGAUAAAGUUAAAGAUUCGUUGAGCAAAUAAAAUAAUAUUUACGUUUAAUUUUUGCUUGAAGACUUCAUUCAUUCAACAUACAUUGGAUACAUCCUAUAACUGAAUUACUACCGAUUACUAUUUAAAGCCUUUGCAAAAACUGGUCAAUGUUUUUAUAUUUGACGCAUUUCAGUGUUCAGUACAAAUGUAACGUAAAUUAUAUAUAUAUACAGUUUUUAUAAACAUUUAUUUUUAAGCUAACUUUAUAAAACAUCACAUGUGAAUCGUCUAUUUCAACACACAAUAAAAAAGUAUUUAUAUUGCUUAUUAA